AUGCGCUGCGACCUGGGAACCAAAUGGCCGCGACUCACAGCUCCUGAGCCGCGACUCACAGCUCCUGAGCCGCAGCUCACAGCUCCUGAGCCGCGACUCACAGCUCCUGAGCCGCGACUCACAGCUCCUGAGCCGCGACUCAAAGCUCCUGAGCCGCGACUCAAAGCUCCUGGGCCGCGACUCACAGCUCCUGAGCCGCGACUCACAGCUCCUGAGCCGCGACUCAAAGCUCCUGGGCCGCGGCUCACAGCUCCUGAGCCGCGACUCACAGCUCCUGAGCCGCGACUCAAAGCUCCUGGGCCGCGGCUCAGCCGCAACUCACAGCUCCUGAGCCGCGACUCAAAGCUCCUGAGCCGCGACUCACAGCUCCUGGGCCGCGACUCAAAGCUCCUGGGCCGACUCACAGCUCCUGAGCCGUGA